AUGUCUCUUCGCGGUCAGCAUGCGCUCCUGACCGGAGCAUCAAUGGGAAUCGGCGAAUCAAUCGCAAGACAACUUGCCCAAGCCGGUGCCAAUCUCACCCUGAUUUCUCGAUCUGAAGACAAACUCGCCACCCUAACCAACAACUUGCAAACCCAGCAUCCAAACUUAAUAAUUAAGUACCGAGCUGUGGAUGUGGGCAACUUCGAACAAGUUGACGCCGCAAUCGAGUCCUCAGUGCAAGAGCCCGGGAAUAUAGACAUCCUCAUCAACAACCCUCUUCCCCACCUCAAGAUCGCCGACAUCCAAACCAUGGUCUCAACUAACGUCAACGGCCUCAUGUAUGUCACCUACUCCGUACUCAACCACGGCAUGAUGGAGCGAAAGGCCGGAACGAUUCUGAACGUCACUUCCGUCACGGGAUUGGAAGUACCGCCUUUCCCAGGCGAGGCUGUGUACCACUCCAACAAGGCCGCGCAGGAGGCCUUUACUAAUUCUCUGCGCAAUGAACUGGUUGGGACUAAUAUCAAGGUCCUUGCGCUGAGACCCGGGGUUGUGGCGACGAAUUUCCAUUCCCAGCGGGUGGGCCACGAUAAGGAGCUUUAUGAUUCCUUUAUUGAGGGUUAUGAACCGCUUGUUGCGAAGGAUAUUGCCGACGCAGCGCUGUAUAUGCUCAACCAGCCUGCGAAUGUGUCUAUCAAGGCACUAGAUGUGGUUCCAUCGGCGCAACGAUCUCUCAAUGUUUUCGAUCGUGAGUGGAAUAAGCGUUAA